UAUAGACAGUACUAAGUGGGGAUACGCAAUCUUCAUAUUCAGCUAUAUAUAAGACUGACAGAAACGAUCCCAUUCAAUCGAGAACGGUUUGUUCGAUAAGUCACUUCUAAAUCCAGUCUUUUUUGUUGUAUAACCAGCACAACUGCCAAAAUGAUGAAACAAGUAGUUAUCUUCGUCGCCAUGUUGGCCAUGCUCAUCGCUUUUGUGCAAGGCGUUCAAGUCGAGAAUGUCGGUUUGGAGAAUUGUCAGUGCAUUUCAACCUUUGAAUAUCUGCCACUUUGCGCCAGCAACGGAGUGACUUACUCCAACCCGUCCAUGCUGGAGUGCGCCAAGAAAUGCUUGGGCAGAACCGACUUGGCCAAAGUACGUGAUGGAGCAUGCCCAGAAUCACAAACUACGACGGAAUAGUUUAUAAAAUUCAAGCUUUUGUAUAGGUUAAGCGUUUUAUUGUAAAAAUUUUGUACAUGUUAUGCAAGCGAAAAUAAUAAUAUUUUUACAAAAUCUUAA